AAAAUAUAGUAACCUGAACGAGAAAAAUUGAGUUUAUUUGUGGACCAUAGUUGGGAGCUUUGGACUAUAGUUGGGUGGUUUUACGGUACCUACAUUGCAAGUUAAAUUAAAUCUUGUAAAAAGCUAAUAAUUUACGCAGUCACAUCAAUAAAAAAAAUAAAAUAAAAAUCAUUAUUUCAGACCGAUAAGAUCCAUAAAUUUUGUUAGUAACAGCAAAAACAAAUUCUUACACCCUACGUUAGUACCAAUUAAUUUACAUAAAACUAAAUUAAAAUUAAAUCAUCCAGCUCAUUUAGCCUUGCCUAUCAACACGUCUACCCAGUAGCUCGUGAGAUGGCAAUCAAGGCGUUCAGCCAACGUCCUUAGGAGGCUGUUGCUCGCACGCGUGUCAGCAGAGACGCUAUUCUUACAAUACUUCCAAUGAUACACGACACGAUAUUUCGAUUAUGGAAGCGCUUCUGAUAUUUGACAAGCAAUCUUGUACAUUCUAGACCUGUGGGCCCACCCUGUGUAUCCGUGUUCAUUGAGCGCCAGAAUUGAUAUCAACUUACGAGUAAGCUGCCAAAUGAUAACGACCAAUUACUAUUUGUAACCGUUUCGGAGCGGUCGUAUCAUGAGAAUUAUUUAAAAAUGGAACUACAGUCUCUUCUCGCCCUGUUCGUCUUAGGAACAGUCACUGCAGUCAGUUCUAGUGAUGUAAAAAGUAGUUUAACUUUUGUCAUUGAUGCAACUGCAUCGAUGAGUGAUGAUAUUAAAGGAGUGAGUAAUGCUGUAGAUGCAAUUUUAGGCACAGUGAGUAAUUCGAGCUCUUCGCCGAUUGACGAAUUUGUUCUGGUGACCUUUGAAAAUGAACCUAAAUUGGCAAUAAACACCAAAGACAAAGCUGCAUUUAAAAAGGAACUAGGCAAUAUCAACACAGGCGGAGGCGGCUUCUGCCCCGAAAAGUCCCUGACGGGGAUCGAACUGGCGUUGAAUGAGAGCCAAGACGGCUCUCUUCUGUACGUGUUUACUGAUGCUUCCGCAGAAGACUAUAAGAAUUUUGCAAAAGUGGAAGCACUUAGCCAGAAGAAAGGAGUUCAGAUUGUAUUCGUUCUGACAGGCCUUUGUGAAAACGACACUAUCAGCCAGAGCUAUCUAGUGUACCAAGAUCUUGCCAAAGCUACGAACGGACAAGUAUUCCAUUUGAAAAAGAACGAAAUCGGAGAGAUAUUAAAAUAUGUGGAGGAAACUGUUGGGAGCCGAAAAACCGUUAUAUUGAGUAAAACGUUGCCUGCUCGACAAUUAGGUUCAUUUAAUGUUAAAGUAGACGAAGACAUAAAGGACAUUGUGAUAGCUGUAUCUGGCGAAAAUGCACGACUGGGCGUGUCUGAUCCAAGCGGCGUUGAAGCGCCUUCCACGAAUAUCACAAGGCUCCAAGCGAUUACGAUAGUGAAAGUCCCCGACGUGAAAUCAGGCGUGUACAGGGUCCAAACCGGUAGCAUCAGCAACACUCAUGUGGUGGUGUCGGCGUCGACUUUAGUACACUUCCGCCAUGGGUUCUCCACCAUCGCUCCUGCUAGCAUCGAGGAUACUGUCACUAGACCCGCACCAGAUGCAAAAUCCUACGUAGCUAUAAAAGUGCUUGACGCCCCACACGUGAAGCUGGUCAACGUGCAGAUCCUGGGUAUGGACGACACUGUACUCCUGCAGGAACCACUUACACUUACCAAUAAAGAUGAGCAGUUCUACACGACGGAGCCUGUUGAAACGCCGGAGGACACUUUUAAGCUAGCGGUCAAUGGUUACGACACCAGGAAAAAUAGCAAUAUAACGAGGUAUAGCUUAACACCAAUCAAACCACAGUCCGUCAUCGAUCAGCCCACCGAGAAAGCUCCCGAAGUAACAAUUGAAGGAGGACCCACAAUCAAUGCAGCAUUUUUCAAACCGCUGACACUGAAGUGCAAAGUCAAAGGAUAUCCCAAGGUUGAUAUUAUUUGGCAAUCUGAUGACACCUCUGCUAAGCUGGAGUAUGAGAAGGCCUCAGUCGUUGAGCUCCCCUACGACUACGUAAGUGUGCUGGAGAUACCGAAAGUGGAAAAAAAGGUGACGUACAGUUGCCAAGCGACCAACGCGGCAGGCGACGGCGUGCAGAAUGUAACCGUUCUUACUGAAGUAAAGGACUUCAUUGAAGUUAAGGCUGAAGAUACAACCAUCGAAUACCAGAAGCCGGGCAACAUAACCUGCGAAGUCCUAGCCCAUCCCCCAGCCACAGUUACUUGGUACAAAGGUAGAAAACUCCUCAAACCUGGCGACAACUACAAUGUGUCUGCCGACGGAACCGUUAUCACUGUCAACUCUAUGGAACCAAACUUGGCUGGCAACUACUUCUGCGUGGUCAAGAAUAAUGUCAAGAAGGUUGUGAAGCUUUUGAAAGUGGAUAUAAGUGGGGUUGGGCCGCCACAAAUCGACAAAUCUGUUUACACCAUUAACGCUAGAGCAGAAACCGAAGCGACUUUUCGGUGCAGACUUAUCGAAGCUAAACCCAACGCUACCAUCAGCUGGUCGUUCAAAAACGCCGACGAAGACAUCGCUCUGAACGAAACCUCGGACACGUUGCAUUUGGACAACAUUCAGAUUUCCGACGCCGGCACGUACAGUUGCAAGGCAGAGAAUGCUAUGGGCGUUGAUUAUCAUGGGAUUGAAUUGAUUGUUGAGUACUCCCCCGAUAUCUCGGAAGAUAUGGAGACGAGAGUGACGGUGCUCGAAGGGACACCUGUAACCCUUGAUUGUCCAGCCGAUGGAAUACCCAAGCCCAGCAUGGCCUGGACUCACAACGGACGGCUCCUUUUUGAUAAAACGAGGCAUACCUUCUAUGCCAAUGGAAGUCUUGGGUUUUCAGCUAUGCUGUCAGAUGCCGGAUACUACGCAUGUCAAGCGAGUAACACGUGGGGAAGCGACUCUAUCACUAUCGAACUCGACGUUAUUGUUCCAGUUGCUGUAAAGUCCCCAGGCAAGACUUACAUUGAGCAAGAGGAAGGUACGUCUCUCAACUUGGAGUGCAAAGCGGGCGGACCUCCCCCGCCCCACAUCACGUGGUACUACCGCAAAACGAACACAUCUGACGCCAUGAAAAUAGCCCAUAAUACCGCCGAAGGAGAUUUGCGUUUCCCAAGAAUACAUCAUGGCCAGAGCGGCGAGUACAUUUGCGUUGCCGCUAACGCUGGCGGUUCCAAAAAUAUCACCUACACCGUGUCUGUCACAGCUCGUCCCUCAAUCCUAUUCAGGAUGCGACAAUAUGACGGCGUGAAGGGUGACAUGUACCUGCGGGUCCCCUGCGAUGCCACUGGCAACCCGAAACCUGAGGUCCUUUGGACCUUUGGAGGGAAGAACCUUUCUUCAGACACUCCAUGGUAUCUCAUCGGAAAAGAUGGCAGUCUAAUAAUAAAGAAAGUCGACGAUUCGGCAGCAGGAACGUACACGUGCACAGCUAUCAACAAAUUUGGAUCUACAUCUGAACAGUUUCAAGUUGUUGUUAAUGAUUAUCCUGUAGAUCGCUUUUUGUCGAUCAUGAUAGAAGAAGGUAAAACGGAAAAUAUUGCAUGCCCUGUCCCACAUAGGCCAAAGAUUGACAGAGUCAAUUGGUUCAAGGACGGCCGUAACAUAACUUCUGGCGAGCUCAAAAACGUGACCCAAGCGGACGCGGGUACAUACACCUGUCGAGUAAGCGGCCCGGACCGGCCGCCCCAGACCGGCUCCACCAGGGUCGAGGUCGGGUUCAAGCCUCGCUUCAACUAUGAAGGCGACGACAAUAUAUCGUAUGAGUACGGACGCCGAGCGACUAUGGAUUGUUCUGCUAGUGGAACUCCACAGCCUAUUGUGACCUGGCACCACGACGGCAGACCGCUCCCGGUCACCCAGUCCAAGUACGAGUUCUUAAUGAACAACGACGGCCAAAGAGGGCGCUACACGUGCGCCGUCACCAACCAGUACGGAUAUGUACAGCAGGACUUCAUUGUUGCUUAAGGAAGCCGAUUCACGACACGAGUACGACAUAGACAUAAUACUUAGUUAUCAUGAUAGCCUAACGCCGCCUUAACUAAAUGACUCGACCAUUAAGGUGCGACCACACCGCUUAAAUAGAAAUACGCUGACGGUGUCCGCACCGUGACGCAGUGACGUGCCGUAAACCUUACGAUUUUAAUACGAUGCGAUAAAAUCGUGACAUUUACACUGCGUCACUGCAAUUACGCAUCGUCGGCGUGUUUUAGAGGAAAGAGGACGGCCGUUUCUCCAUACAAACGUUGUCCCCAUUUUCCUAUUUGGACAUUGAUAUUAUGGAAAAUAUUUUUAUAUAAUUUAAAAUAAAAACGUUUAACUUUUUUCGAUUUUUCGAUUAUUGUAAAAAAUAGGAGCAAAUAAAAUAUUUCAUACAAAAUUUUUAUUGCUUUAAAAUUUUAAAAAUUAAUAGUGGUAGUUGAAUACAACAAAUUGAGUCAAGAUAUUUUCAAUAGUGUUAAUAUCCACAGAGGAAAUUGAGAACGUUUGUAUGAAAAGGUGAUUUCGUGUGACUUUAGUCUUAAGCAGCGGUGUGGAGAGCAUACGACAAUAAUGGUACGCUUACGGUGCGUCACUGCGAUUCCGCACCGUCACCGUUUAUAAGCAGCGGUGUGGCCGCACCUUUAAAGUACCAAUACAGGCCAAUCUGAGUUUGAGAUAUUAGAUCAGUACCCCUAGUGUAAAUAUUUUCGACAGCGAAACGUGACGUACGCGUUUGCGUUAAGUGUCAUUUUGUAUGAGAUUUUUGACUUUCCAAAACGUCCCGCUUGGCGUGCUGUUCAAAAACCCAUACAAAAUGAGACUUAACGCAAACGCGUAGGUCACGUUUCGAAAUCGAAAUUAUUUACACUAGGGGUACUGUAUCAUAUUGGAAACAGAUUUUAAUAAAUAAAAAAACUCAAAUUGGCCUGUUAUAUCAGAUGUAAGCUUUACACUUGUUACAAUAAGUUUGUUAUAGUUUUACUUAACUGUACGCUUGAAAUGUUAUUAAUUAAAUGUUUGAACACA